GCAAAGGAAAUGAAAAGAAUAUGCUUUAGGGUUCUUCGUUUAGGGUUCUUCGCCUUGUUUUAAUGGCGCUCGUGAAAUUCGCUAUCGCGUCGGUGUUCAUGUGGACGGCGCCGCUGCUCAUUCUCCAGGCUUACAAGCGCGAUCUCCUCCCAGGAUUUUCCAGUCUUUCACCGGAAGUGCAAACCAUCGUUUGUGGAUUACUGGCGGUUGUCUCCGUCAAUGUCGUGAUUGCCUUCUACAUUCUAUCGGCCAUGCGAGAGCCUCCGACGAGCGCGGAGCCAAAGCCCGAUCCAGAGUUUGUUUCUCGAGCUAGAGCCAGCGUCGAGGCUCUCCAAUCAAGCCCAGAGAUCAAGAAGAGCGAGUAACAAAAAAUUGGUAUCGAUUGAUUCGCCCUCUUUCCUUUCUCUUUCGUUUUUUCUUUUCUUUCAUUUGGUCAGCUGGACGACAAUAACAUAGAAUUCUCCAUCUGGGACGACUACAAUCUCGUGAACCUUGUAAAUCGGAGCUAGAAAAUCUGCGAACCUUGGAUUCGAUGUCGUGGAUCAAAUCUUUGGCUUUGGUCGCGAGUGGAACCAUGUACGAGGAAUACUGACAUUACCCGAGCAGUGGUUUGAUCGUCCAUCGUGCUCGUGAUAGGAAUUCCAAGGCUGUCUGUGACGAUCGUUCCGAGAAUUCCUGUGGAGAAAAGAUCAAAGUCAGCCAGUGGAGCUCUUGAUCUUCCAAAGAUCUUGGAGGAACCAACCUCUGUGCGACGAGAUCUUCUUCACGGUCUCCUCGACGUGAUACUGCGAGCGCGCGAGCGAGCAUUAAGCUUCUCCUCGCGGCAAUUCUAUAGGGGCAAGAGAAACAAACACCUUGGCCUGCGAGAAUUCGUGGGGCUCCUUCUUCUUCACCUCCACGAUCACGGGAGCUUUCUCCUCCUCCUCCUCAGCUGGGGCUUCUUCUUGCUCCUUUUCCUCCAUCGCCAAAUCUCCAAAGCUUUCGCUCCCGGAGGAGAGCGAGAGAUGCGAGGAGUCAUGAGUAAUCUGGUCCGUCCAUUUUAUUUUAA